AUGGGCGUUAACUGGGAAUUCGUUCCAGAACAAGCUGACUACAAAUUGCCUACAGGUCAAAACGGCGGUGUAUUAGCAUUCAUGUUUGACAAAGCAGCAGUCGGAACAUUCAUUGGUUCUGAAAUCGUAAACAUCAAAGGUAUAAUCGCACCUGCAGCACCAAAAUACUUUAUCUACUUCAACGAAGACAACGAUACAGUAACAGCUGCUUCCUUCAUACCAGACGAAAUCGUUGCACAAUUAGGAAUCAAAACCGGUGACCGCGUACGCGUAAUACCUGGCACAACAACCAGAGCAGACGUUCAAUAUUGUGCUCAAGUUAGCGCAGCCGGCGUAUUGACAUUGACAAAUUUUGCUGAAUAA